CACAAAGGAAAUUUAUCGGAAUCCAAAAAUGUUUUGGUAUUUAUUAGUGAAAAUAGUGUAAACUAUGCAGCUAUUUCAAUUGCAUUAUCUCUCAAGUGCAAAGUGUUUGUCGUAGCUGAAACUAAUGAACAACUUGAAGUUAUUAAAGCCAACUACCCAGAAGUGAGUCAGGUUUCAACUACAAAGUUUGAUUCAAAAUUCAUUCACACGGUAUCAAAGUUAACUCUAAAUCAAGGAGUUGAUUAUGCUAUUCUAUCCAAAUAUUGUUCCAGUCGUCUGCCAGAACUGCUUGCCGAUGAAGCGAAAAUUAUCAUCACCGAAAAUACAGAUGUUUCAGUUUUAUCAAAUUCUCCAAGUGGAUUUGGAGUUGUAUCAGCCAAAUUUGACGAUAUUCCUAUUUUGAAUAAUUCGUGUGUUGACAGUAUUUAUUCAUUCAUUGAAUCGAGAAUAAAACUUGAUGUCAUAAAACCUCUGCCGUUCACUAUAUACCAAUAUUCUGAUGUCGAGUCUGCUUUCAGAUCAUACGCAAAUAAUAAGACUGGAAACAAGAUAAUCGUUGAAGUGACCGGGGAGUCUCCGAGAUUGAACUUUGCAGCAUACCGACGGGUGUACUUUGAUCCCAGCAAAAGUUACAUACUUUCAGGUGGUCUUGGUGGAUUCGGAAUGGAACUUACUGAAUGGGCUGUCGAACGGGGGGCGAGAAAUAUUAUUCUCUGCUCUCGGAGUGGAAUUCAAACUGGAUACCAGAAAUAUAGAGUGAAUAUUUGGAAAAACCAAAAUAUCAAAGUGGAAAUCAGCACAUUCGACCUGACUACAUUGUCGGGAGCUAAGAAUACUGUAGCAUUAGCCCUCAGCUUAGGACCACUUGGUGGAAUUUUCAACUUAGCCGGGGUUUUGAGAGACGGAAUAUUUGAAAACCAAACAGUUGCCAACUUCCAGACUGUGUACAACAGUAAAGUCUUAACUACUAAAUAUUUAGACGAAGCAUCGGAAGGCGCUAGCAAAGAUUUGGAAUAUUUCGUCACAUUUUCGUCCAUUUCGUGUGGCCGGGGCAACAGAGGGCAAACCAAUUACGGUUAUGCAAACUCUAUCAUGGAGAGGAUUUCAGAGCAAAGACAAAAACGAGGUUUGCCGGCGCAAUCUAUCCAAUGGGGAGGCAUCGGGGACGUCGGAAUGGCUUAUCUAUUAACUCGUGGGAACGAAGAAAAAGAAAUCAAUGGAACUCUGGCCCAAAAAAUAUCGUCUUGUCUAGCGGCGUUGGAUACAUUAUUAACACAAAGUUCAGCAGUCGUUGCUUCACAUGUGAUACCAACCAAAAGAAAACUGACAGAAAAUUCGAAAUCACAAUCGCUCACAGAGAUCGUUUCCGGAAUUAUGGGGAUUCAAGAUCCUCUUUCAGUCAAGCCAGUAUCUACCUUAGCUGAUUUAGGAAUGGAUUCCUUGAUGGGAGUUGACAUCAAACAGACGAUCGAACGUAACUUUGGCCUAUCAUUGAAUAAUUCUCAAAUUCAACAGCUGAAGUUUAGUGAAUUAGAUAAAUUGGGUGCCAAAUGAAAAUCUAAAAUGAAUUUAUAAACAAUAUUGUUACAUAAUUAUAUGUUUUAACUAACUAUUUCAAU